AUGGAAGAGGUAAAGGGGAAAAGAACCAUCAGUAACACUUGGAAACUUGUUACAAGGUCCCAAACUGACCCCUUUGAAGGAAUGCCUCUGCAUCUGAAAGAGAAGAUUCUCAUGAAAUUGAAGGCCAAAAUCAUAUCGACGUUCAUCCUCCUUUCCAAGUCCUGGUCAUCGAUAGUCCUUAACAAAGAUUUCACCAACAUGUAUUUGAUAAUAAAGUUCUUUGAAUCUUUGAAUCGACCACGUCUUCUUUUGGCAGUCGACGAUCGAGAAAUAAAUAUGCAGUUCUUCCACUCUUGCUCUCGAGAGGAUCCAUCUUCUGAUCAUCAAACGGUUGGCUGUUACCCUGAUUCGUAUCCGCGUAUCUGGUAUGACUUUUCUCCACCUGUUCGUGGCUUGAUCUGCUGUCUAAACAAUUCUACUAAAGUGGUAAUUGGAAAUCCUACUACUUGUCAAUUUGAAACUUUACCGAGAGUCAGAACCAAAAUAUACCAAGAAAUAUUUCCCUUCUUUGGAUACGAUCAUGUUAAGGAUGAAUACAAAGUCUUGUGCAUGACGAUAUCGGAUGAGUACUAUAGUAGAUCAGGAAAUAUUGUGUCCAAGGAGCAUAAAGUUUUCACUCUAGGAUGUAAACAGAAGAAAUGGAGAAUGAUCGAAUGUACGAUUAAUCAUUAUCUUACUCCUGGAACUCAAGGAAUAUUUAGCAAUGGGGUUAUCUAUUACUUCGCUAGGGUCAAUGAUGAUCAGUCGCUAAUGUGCUUUGUUGUGGGGUCUGAAAAGUUUAGUGUCGUUGAGUUACCGAGGCCGGCCGUCGAAGUUCUAGCGAACUACGGCGAAAAGAUAGCUGUAACGAAUUUGUUAUAUGCUAGUAAUGAUAGACUUUUUGUAUGGAUUCUAGAAGAUGCCAGCAAACAAGAAUGGUCAAACUUUUGUGUCUUGGUUCCUUCUUGGGUAGAUAUAUAG